AUGCGCUUCAUCACGGCUGCCUCCGUUCUCCUCUCGCUCCUAAUGGCGUCAGAGGGAAAGGAACUUCUUAACCGCCAGGCCAGUUGUGACACCUACGUCGUCUCCAACAUGACAGGUGGAUUCAGGACUCGCACCUUUAUCGACUUCUCCAAUGCCCAGGAAGGAGAUAACACCCAACAGUUCUUGGUUGCCAACAGCUUCUACACCAGCAACUGGGAUGUCUACAUUGACCCAGGUCCCCUCACCCACACCUUCACUCCCAACAACGUGAAGCUCGGCAACGGAGCACUCGAACUGAAAGUCUCUGCGCACCCCGGUGGAAACGCCAAGGUCGUCUCCGCCGAGAUUGGCACAACUUAUAGCUUCAAGUAUGGUUCUGUCCGAACAUACCUCAAGUCAAGCACAACCCCUGGCGUAUGCGAGGGUAAUUUCCUCUAUGCCAAUAGGUUUAACGAGGUCGACUGGGAGAUUUUGACAAGUACGAUCGAUACCGAUGCCCCAUGCGUUCCAAAGGGUAUUUGGGCCACCAACCAGGCGUUGGUUGAGGGCGGUCAAAAAACUAGCGAUAUUGUCCCGUUCACCUUCGACCCCCGAGCCGAUUUCCAUGAGUACCGAAUUGACUGGUCCGCAGAUGCCACUCGAUUCUACAUCGACGGUCAGUUCAAGACCAUGCUGACCGACAACGUCCCAGAAAUUGCAGGCCCAUGGCUCUGGAAUGCAUGGAGCAACGGUCAAGAGUGCUGGUCGCAGGGACCUCCCACCGCUGAUUCGGUCACCCGUAUCCGCUCGAUUGAGAUCUUCAGGGACUUCGUUGAGGUCCCUACUGGUACCGUCUGCAACGUCUAA